AAGCUAGUCGUUCGUUUUCCGCGCCAAUGGAGGUCACUAACUGAACCAAAUUGUCACAUUUAAACAAUACCACAAAAUUACAUUCCAUACUCGUCCAGGGUCGAGUUAGGUCCCUUUUCUGCGCAGGUGUGUCGUUUACAACCGGGUUAGCCGACAUUCCACAGAAGGGCGCAGCCCACGCAAGGAGCCAUGGCAGACAAGGAAGAGCAGGUACAGAAGGCCAAACUGGCCGAGCAGGCAGAGCGCUAUGACGACAUGGCAGCCGCCAUGAAGGUCGUGACGGAGCAGGGCAAAAGCGGGCUGACCAAUGAAGAGCGCAACCUGCUCUCGGUGGCCUAUAAGAACGUGGUGGGAGCCCGAAGGUCCUCGUGGCGGGUGAUGUCCAGCCUGGAGCAGAAGUCGGAGGACAACAACAAGACGGCCCUGGCCAAGGAGUACAGGGAGAAGAUCGAGAAGGAGCUCAAUGACAUCUGCAAGGAAGUCUUGGACCUGCUCGAAAAUCACCUGAUUAGCGAAACCACGCCUGCUGACAGCAAGGUAUUUUACCUGAAGAUGAAGGGUGACUAUUUCCGUUACCUGGCUGAGGUGGCCUCUGGGGAGGACAAGGAGAACAUCAUCCAAAACUCGCAAAAUGCAUACCAACAGGCCUUGGACAUCAGCUACAAAGAAAUGGAUGCUACUCAUCCUAUUCGUCUCGGCCUUGCUCUCAACUUCUCCGUCUUCUACUACGAGAUUGUCAACUCGCCAAACCUGGCCUGCGAUCUCGCCAAAAAGGCUUUCGAUGAGGCCAUUGCCAUGCUGGACUCGCUCAACAGCGAAUCCUACAAAGACAGCACCUUGAUCAUGCAGCUGCUCCGUGACAAUCUCACCCUGUGGAUGUCAGACAACCAAGGUGAUGCCGAGGGCGAGGAGGCGGAAACAGAGGCAGAACCGGCGCAAGAGGCGGCGGCACCAGCGGCGGCGGCCGACAAGAACUGAACUCUGGAAGAUUAAAGAAAAAUAAAUUUACACUUUUUUUUUUUUUUGUUACCUCUCACCAGCCUAAGUUGUGUGCGCGGUUUUAUGUAUGUGUUUGUGUGUGUGUGUGUGUGUGUGUGCGUGCACAUACAUGCACACACAAGUAUGUUUACGCUCCACUCACAGUGUAGACUACGGUUUGUGUGCAGAAUCAUUGUGCAACGUAAGAACACCUCUGCAUAUGAUGUAUCCAAAUAUGUUUUUGGGUGUUUUUUUUUUACUCAAUGUGUCAACCAAUGGAUGUUUUUUUUCAUUCGAAUUUCCGUAUGCUUUAGUCCAAAUGUAUUCCCUCCUUUUUUGGUCCAAAUCAGUCCCUUGUUUAUGGUACCAAGCUGGCCGCCAUGACAGGACAAAAAUCUUUUGACUAUAUUUUGAUACUUUGUAUGUUUUUACUUGAACAGAACAUUUGUGACACUUGGGUCAAAAAAACACUUCAACCGAGACAGAACAAAUAAAUGGUCACCGUGGUCAGAUUUUCGCUAAAAUUUCAGGUUUUGUUAUUGACGGGAGUAAACAAAAGGGUGCUGUUAUCGUCCCACACCACGUGGUAAAGUCCUCUUUUUACGGAUGGUACUUGCGUCACGGCUCAGUGGCUUCUAUGAGCGUCGCUAAGGUGUGAAUGCAUAUUUCUGCUUUUGUCCGUUUUUACUGGGUGCUUUUUUUUCCCUUUUUGCUUUUCCUGCCUCCUGCUUAAUUCAAAAAGUAAACAACUCCAUUAGGAACCAACAACAUACUGCUUGAUACUGUAACUUUUUUUUUUUUUUUUUUAGACCUUUAAUCCCUCCAGCAGUGCGGAGGAAACUUUUUGCCAUGUGCUUUUAUGUGGCUUUCUACUUUUUCUAUUCAAGUGUUUUUGUAUUUGCUUUUUGUGUAUGUAAUUUACCCCGGGGGAUGUAUGGUUUUCAGUAGUAUGGCGUCAGAGGUAGAUGUGCUUCAAAAGUUGCACUUACUGAUUUUUUUUUUUUUUUUUUUUGCUUAGGAUUUAGCUUGAACCAGGUUAAACAUUUUCCGUCCUUUGGCAGUACUUUAUGCAAAGAAAAAAAAGUUGAUAUUAAUUUAAUGUAAGUGAAAACUAGGAAGCGACAUUUUGACCAUUUAGUCGACACAAAAUAGUGCUGGUUUCUUAUAAUCAUGGUGGUUUGACAAUAAAAAGAUGGGAUGCAGGAUUCUAAACAUUUUGCAAGUGGCACUCUUUAACGUUAUUUGGUUAUGUGCUUUCAUGUGAGAUUAAUUAAAACAUUCAAUCCAAACAA